UGCAUGACAUGUGACUUAUCACGCGAGAUUCAACAUGGCAGCCUCCAUUGCCAUGAUGCGCAAUUUUCAGACCUAUUCUGCCAAUUUUAUAUAUAAAACGUUGAGAAACAAAGGAAGAAUACCACAACGCAAUAAACACAGCAGUAUACUGCUUUAUGAAAACUCGUCAAAUGGUACCGUGCGUUUUGUCAGACGGUUUUGUACAAAUGCAACGAAUUGUAUAUUCGAAACUCACAGAAGCAGACGAAUAUUUUCGACAUCAACUGUCAGGUUCUACUCAUCAGGCAGAAAAUGCUGGAAAUGUAAUAGAGACACAUCUGCCUCAUCGGAAUUGUAUUUCUGUGAAUGUGGUGUUGUUCAAGCUUCCAUCAGUGAUAUGAACUAUUUCUCUCUCUUUGGCAUUGACAUAACCUUUGACAUUGAUGAACAGUCUCUCUCAAGGAUGCACAAAGACCUCCAGAUGAAACUACACCCAGACAAGUUCACUCUAAAAUCAGAGGAGGAAAGACAUCAUGCUGAUCAGCAAUCAGCGCUUGUGAAUAAAGGCUACUACACAUUACUGAAGCCACUGUCUCGAGGCCUGUACAUGCUGGAACACUAUGGUUACGCUAUAGAGGAGAGCACAGGAGAUGUCGACCCAGAGUUCCUCAUGGACAUAAUGGAUAUGAAUGAAAGACUAGAUGAGGCUGGAUCAGACGAGGAAGUCCGAGAAAUUGAGGAAGAAGUUACAUCCCUUAUUCAGAACAUUAUCAAGGAUAUAUCAUCAGCAUUCAAGGACAAGGAUCUGGAUCUUGCAAAGAGGUUGAUCAUAAGAUAUCAAUAUUUUGGAAACAUAGAUGAUAAAGUCAGAGAACGUUACAGGAAAGCUAUGUAGUGAACAUAUUCUUUCUAUUUUCCAUAACAAGGAUUUCUUAAUGCAUUGAACUUUUGAAGAAGUGGUACUCUAAAAGCAAUCGGAAUUGUACUAUGUAUAGUGGUACAUAAUACUAUUGGCUAUUGUAAAUGAAAUUUCUAACCCCAGGUAGUGGCAACAAAAUAUUAAAACACUUGGUGAGAAGAGAAUUUUACAGAUUAUUUGAAAUUUUUAUACAGUGAGCAUAUCCAUUUGCAUAAUAAGCCUGUAAUGAUACAUUUUCAAUUAAGUCCACAAUUUGGGGUACAAGGUUAACAUGGAUAGGUAUCAGCUUCAAAAUCAAACUGAUUCUGAGGUUGGGUAUGGGUCCUAUUAGGUCUGAAACAAUAGAAACAGGAUAACAAUAUCGCUUUAAGGAAGGAAUAAGCUUCAACCACAAUGAUCCAUGUAGAUGCUUGAGCAGGUCAUCCUGCGCAUGCAGUCACAUGACAUUCAUAGCCAUGAUGUGCUUAAGGCAACAGUUAUCACUCAUAUGAAACUGGGAUUGAGCAGUUUUGGGACAAGUAUAAGUUUGUUAACAGUGUAUGCUAACUAGAUGAAUUACAUAUAUGUGUGUGACUUGCUGAAAGUAUUUCUAUUAUUCAAGAAUAAAUACUUCCAUUGA